AUGGGCCAAGAGGAGUCGACCAUUGUCGACGAGUCCGUCUCGCCCCAGACCUUGUCGGAAAGAUCUCUCGCCGCCGUGGCCGAGUACAUCAAGCAAGGGCCCAGAAAGAGGGUCGUUGUCCUCACGGGCGCGGGUAUCUCUACAGCCGCCGGAAUCCCCGACUUCCGAUCCCCCAAAACCGGACUGUACAACAACCUCGCGCGGCUCGACCUCCCCUACGCCGAGGCCGUCUUCGACAUAUCCUUCUUCCGCCAGCGCCCCGAGCCCUUCUACGUCCUCGCGCGGGAGCUCUACCCCGGCCGGUUCCACCCCACCGUCUCGCACGCCUUCGUCGCGCUGCUCGCCCGCAAGGGCCUGCUGCAGAUGCUCUUCACCCAGAACAUCGACUGCCUCGAGCGCCGGGCCGGCGUGCCCGCCGACCGCAUCACCGAGGCGCACGGCAGCUUCGCCGGCCAGCGGUGCGUCGAGUGCCGCGCGGGCUUCCCGGACGCCGAGAUGCGGAGCCACGUGCUGCAGGGCCGCGUGCCGCGCUGCCGCGAGCGCGGCUGCGGCGGGCCCGUCAAGCCGGACGUCGUCUUCUUCGGCGAGGCGCUGCCGUCGGCGUUUGCGGAGAACGCGCGCCACGCCGCCGCCGCGGACGUGCUGCUGGUCCUGGGCACGAGCCUGACGGUGCACCCGUUCGCGGGGCUGCCGGAGACGGCGAGGCCGGGCGCGCCCCGGGUGCUGCUCAACAUGGAGAAGGUGGGGAGCCUCGGCGGCCGGGCCGACGACGUCGUCGAGCUGGGGUCCUGCGACGCGGGCGUGAGGAAGCUGGCGGGCGAGCUGGGCUGGCGGGACGAGCUGGAGGCGUACUGGAGGGGGCUGGUGGGCGAUGACGAGGCCGACAGGCAGAUGCGCAGUGCGGAGGGGGGGGGUGCCGAGGUGCAGCACGAGGUGCAGAAGCUGACGGACGGCGUGGAAGCAGCGCUCAAGGCGGAAGGCUCGGACAGGGACAGCCUGGCCGACGGUGUGGGAUCAGCGCUCAAGGUGGAGGGCUCGGACAGGGACAGCCUGGCCGACGGUGUGGGAUCAGCGCUCAAGGUGGAGGGCUCGGGCGGGAGAGACGGGGUGCUCACGCUGGCCGAGGGUGUGGAAUCAGCCCGCAGCUUGCAAGACUCGGACAAGGACGACGAGGUGCUCACGCUGGCCGCGGGUGUCGAAUCAGCCCUCAGGUUGCAAGACUCGGACACGAAAGAUGCGGCACCCAAGCUGGCCGAGAACGUGGAACCAGCACGGCCGGAACACCCGGGCAAGCGGGGCAAGGACGACGCGCCAAGCAACGAUGCCGGGAGUCCCGAGGCUGCACACCCGAAGAGCCCCGGCAAAGCAGACGUUGCGGGUGCGGAAACACCGGCCAACUGA